UAAAUUGUUAAUUGUCAGUGGGGAAAAAUGUAUUCUGGCAACUCUGAAACAUAACAUUCAUCCUUUGCUCCUUGUUCAUUUUUCGAUUCGGAAGUACAUAUUUAUUUCUUAAAUUUAGGGAAAGGUGUUUCAUUUGUGUAUUUAUUUUCUAUAGAAGUGUAUCAUGUACGUGUUUAGAUUAUUUUGUGGCGUAUGUAUUUAGGUCCCAUUUAUUUAGAAGUCAUUCACCUAACGAUUAGUAUGAUAAGUCAAUAUUUCUCUUUUUGUUUGUGAUUGUGUAUUACCUUAAGAUAAUGAUUCGUUAGCGCCAAUGUGGUAUGGCACUGGUUACAAUUCGACGUUCGCCAAGUGUGCAGGCACCAAAGAAAACGGAUGAGGACGAAAAAGUCAGUGAAGAUAUUGAAAAUGAUAUCGGAAGCCGUGGCAGCAAGAGGUAGCCUCAAUGAGUGUUACUUCGCGAACAAGGGUGCAGCCCUGGUGCUUGGCGGCGCAGAACGGGGCUGCGCGGACCAGCGUCGGUCGCCGGCGAGGGCCUACCCUCAGCCAGACAUACAGCACCAUCUCCAGUCCAUGUUCUAUCUGCUGCGGCCCGAGGAAACGCUUAAAAUGGCGGUGAAACUGGAGAGUGCCCACGCCGGCCGCACCAGGUACCUGGUGGUGGUGUGCCACCACGAGGAGGCAGCUCUGCUGGGCAUCGAUUGCAACGAGCGCACCACUGUGGGGUUGGUGCUGCGGGUGCUCGCAGACACUUCCAUCAAGCUAGACGGCGAUGGAGGGUUUAGCGUGUGCGUGUGCAAUCAACAACACAUAUUCAAGCCGGUGUCGGUUCAGGCCAUGUGGUCCGCGCUGCAGACGCUGCACCGAGCAAGCAGCCGCGCGCGCGCGUGCAACCACUUCGCGGGGGGCAGCUCGCACGCCUGGUGCGAGUACUACGAGGGCCACGUGGACUCCGACCGCUCCUGCCUCAACGAGUGGCACGCCAUGGACAGCAUCGAGUCCCGCCGCCCACCCUCGCCGGACUCGCUCAGGCUCAAGCCAAGAGAGAGAGAAGAGACGGAACGGGUGAUUCGAUGUACACUGAAGGAGAUCAUGAUGAGCGUGGACAUCGACGAGGUGACCAGCAAGGUGAUACGUGGUCGGCUCGAGGAGGAACUUGAUAUGGACCUGACCGAGUACAAGUCCUUCAUUGACCAGGAGAUGCUCACGAUCCUGGGCCAGAUGGACGCGCCCACUGAGAUAUUCGACCACGUGUAUCUAGGCUCCGAGUGGAACGCUAGCAAUCUUGAGGAACUACAACGAAACGGGGUUAGACACAUAUUGAAUGUGACGAGAGAAAUCGAUAAUUUCUUCCCUGGUAUGUUUGAUUAUCUAAAUAUAAGAGUUUAUGAUGACGAAAAGACUGAUCUCCUUAAACACUGGGAUAACACUUACAAGUACAUAAAUAAAGCGCGGAACACGGGGUCGAAAGUGCUCGUCCAUUGUAAAAUGGGCAUCAGUAGAUCCGCCUCCGUCGUGAUCGCGUACGCGAUGAAAGCAUUCAACUGGAACUUCGAUAAAGCACUCAAACACGUUAAAGCGAAAAGGAAUUGCAUCAAACCGAACACAAAUUUUUUAAAUCAAUUGGAAACGUACCAGGGGAUCCUAGACGCCAUGAAGAAUAAGGAAAAAUUGCAACGGUCCAAAUCUGAGACCAAUCUCAAAUCACCCAAGACUACUCUGAAAGCGGAAAGCAAAGCGACAGAUCCGCUGCCGCUGAGUGUGGCGGCGCGUGGUCGCGUGCGGCCGCGCUCGUGGUCGCCCGACUCCCGCCUCGCCUGCGAACUGCUGCCGCCCACCUCCGUGUCACUCGAGAACCUCGCCAUCCAGACGCGCCAUAUCCUCAUGCCUUACGCCAACGGCUGCUACAGCGUCUCCCCCAACCAGAUCAUCCGCCUCAAGGAGGAGGGCGCGCCUUCCGUCAAACACAUCGUCAACGAGAUCGAGAACGCGGCCGGCGAACGCCGAGAUUCCAACAAGAGAUAUCAGAGAUUAAUUUUUAGCGUUCAGACGGAAUCUUCGUAUCUUAAAUCUAUAGAAACGCCACCUACUUUGCCGCCGGGCGAGGCGAAAGCGCAGCAAGUUUCACCCACCCGGAAUAUAAGUCACAAAUAUCCCGAUCCGAACGUAGAAGAUGAAAAAAUACACACGUGGGACCCCGGGGAGACGCCGUGGCGAGGGGAGGACGGCGGGAGGAACGUUAGCGAUAGUGAAAACAUAGUGAAAAGUGAUAGUGGAAUCGUGGACGUGAAGACGAAAACGAGUGACGUUUAUUCAAAUUUAGGAGAGCGUACGGGCGGGGCUGCGGGCGAGCGGGCGGGCAGCCGGCAGAGCUCGUGCAGCUCGCUGGACAGCGCCGUGGGCCCCGAGCUGUCGCGGCACUCGUCGUGGGGCUCCGGGGACCCGCGCGCGCGGCCCGCGCGUGACGACCUGGCCAGCAUCCGCGAGCGCCCGGACCCCUGCGCGCUGCUGCGCGAGCUGGCCGCGUGCGCCUGGAGCGGCCGUCUGUCCGCGUCCGCGCCCGCCGACACGUGGCUGCGCGCAGGGCUGCGGCGCCGCCGACCCGCCGCCGCCUCUCACGGCGACUUGCCGCGCCGCUCGGCGCCGCCCGCGCCCGGCCUGGUCAGCAACCUCAAGAAGGAGUUCGAGGCGCUGUCGGAGGCGCGCGCGCGGCCGCCGGAGCCGCGGCCGCGGCCGGAGCCGCCGGCGCUGCGACACUCGUACUGCGGCGCGCGCGGCGACCGCCCGCCGCCCGCACCCACGGUCGUCUCCAUGGCGCCGCUGGACUACUCUAACGUGGUCGUCUCAACUGUGAUGUCGAAAGCUCAAAACAAAAAACAAUUGCAACACGGGAAGACUCAUCCGUUGACGAGGCUCAACAUAAAUCGGUCGAAUAAUAGAUGUUCAAAUCCUGUAUAUAAUACUAUGUAGAAAUAUUUAUGUUUUUUAUUUAUUACGAAUUCUUGCCAAACUCGAGAUUUUAUCUUUCUAGAGUUUUAUAUACUAUUUACAAAAUGAAAUCACAGUGUAUUUGUCUAUCACGUAAAUUGUAUAAUAUGCGGCUGUUUGUGCGUAGAAGAAUGUUAAAAAAGAAGAAAUAAAUUCAAUACAACUGUACAACUUUUAUAA